GCGUGCCACUGGCAUUACUCCCGAAGUUUGGGGAAAACGAGGAACACCACCAAGACCAACUGAAGUCGUUUUUAUUGAUACCUACUUGUCUUUCUCUUUUCUGAAAAACUUGAUCAUUUCUGGAGAGUGAUAGUCUGCGGUAAAUAUGUCUUUCACGUUAUACGCAAAAUUCUACUAUCUACUUUGAUAGCUUUACUUUCACCAAUUUCACGAGAAAACAGCUAUUAGAAAUCAUCUUCACCUUGGACAUGGAUACUCUGGACCCUAUGCCGUCUUUGAUUUCAACGAUUUCGUUUGAAGAUGCUGAUGAGGAGAACGAAACCACUACGAACAUGUUCGCACAGCCAGGCUGGCAAGUCGCGCUAUGGGCAAUCGCAUACUCUCUGAUUGUAGUUGUGUCUGUCAUUGGAAAUGUCACUGUCAUUUGGAUAAUUCUGGCGCACAAAAGAAUGAGGACAGUGACCAACUAUUUCAUUGUGAGCCUUGCGUUCUCGGACGCUUCAAUGGCAGCAUUUAACACCGUGUUCAAUUUCGUCUACGCCUUGCACAACGACUGGUACUUCGGAUUAGGAUACUGCAGGUUUCAAAACUUCUUCCCCAUCACAGCAAUAUUUGCGAGCAUAUAUUCCAUGACAGCUAUUGCUGUAGACAGAUACAUAGCCAUCAUACAUCCCCUGAAGCCCCGUCUCUCCUCCACCACCACUAAGGUGGUGAUUGGAAUGAUCUGGACAGUGGCCUUCUCCCUGGCCUUCCCCCAGUGCUUCUACUCCCAAACCAAGUUCUACUCCCCCCGCACAGUGUGUCUGGUGGACUGGCCUGGUGACUAUGGGGGGAAGCACCAGCUCAGUUACCAGAUUGCAGUUAUCAUACUGAUCUACCUGCUCCCCUUACUGGUGAUGCUGGUGACGUACAGCCUGGUGGGCUUGUCGCUGUGGGGCAGUGAGAUCCCAGGUGAAGCUUCAGACCACUAUCAGAACCAGAUACAGGCCAAACGCAAGGUGGUGAAGAUGAUGAUUGUGGUGGUGCUGACAUUUGCAUUCUGCUGGCUGCCCUUCCACAUCUACUUCCUCCUGGGCAGCUUUAACAAGGACAUCUACAAGCAGAGAUACAUCCAGCAGGUCUACCUGGCCAUCUUCUGGCUGGCUAUGAGCUCCACCAUGUAUAAUCCAAUCAUCUACUGCUGUCUAAACCACAGAUUCCGGUCAGGAUUCCGCAGCGCCUUCCGCUGGUGUCCGUUCAUCCGGAUGUCCGAGGAGGACCAGAUGGAGCUGCAGCACAUGAGGAACUUCCGGAUGACCCGCAGCUACCGUACGGAGACCACGACCGCGGUCCACGGCAACUCCAUCGAGCAGGAGGAGACCACAGCUAAACUCAUAAAGGCCUGAGCACAGCACCUCCCGCAGGAAGAGGGAGCCAAGGGGGACAAACACGGGCUCCAGCGAUCCUUCUGUCUCACUGAAUACCUCACAGGAGGGCAUAGGUCGUGGUGUUGAAAGGCGGCAGGAACACAGGGAGGGAAACACAGUAAACUCCCAUGGCAUGAGCACUAAGCCUUACUCAUCACAUCACCGCCACUUCAUCACAGUGACAGUUUGCCUUUUUUCCCUCGUUUUGAAAAUGUUUUAAAUGUCCUGUGCGUAACAGGGUGCAGGCGACUCCAGCUGUAAAUAGGUGCUUGUAUGUUGGGUGUAGUACAGUAUGUGCUGUGUAAGGUCAGUCUAUAGUUAUACCACUGAUCAUAUGUUUCUGCUUAUUCUGCUUAACUGUUUUUCAAAUGUGUGACUGAAAUAUGUGAAAGUUUGACUUACUAUUACACUGUAUAUAGGCAGGUCAGAAUAGAUGGAACAUUAUCAACAUGUCCAGAAGAAUACAAUGUUGGCUUUGAAUAACAAAGUCUGUUCUGUGUGAUGAGAAUUCUUCACUGGGAAAUAUGAGGAUUCAGAUAGUGAGAAAACAAUCUACCAAACACACAUCAUCGGUCUCAGGAGAUUUCAGGAAGAUGAGGUGAAGUCAGACAGACAUACAAACAGAUAGACAGACUCGACCAGGAGUCCUGGGUCCCUUAAAAGUAUAUUGAUGGCAUUGAUAAUACUCUGUUCUGGUAAUCCUAACAUUGUUGUGUAUCCAGCCUGGGGUAAACCAUUAGCACAUCUCUAAACCAUUGGCACUUCACCAUAUCAGUAGUGUCUCAGUAUGUAGCUGUAAAAAGCCAUCCAACCAUUACCUUCUUCUUAAACUCCAUAACGAGAUAAGUGAGACAUAGAACAUAAUUAAUAUAUUGUAUUGCAAUCAUUCUAUGUGAGGAAAAAUAGUAACAAAGGUUCUAGUGUUUGAUAUUGCAGGUUUAAAGUAAUCAAGUAAAAAGGCUGAAAAAACUGGGCUCCAGUGCAGUCAUAUAAUUUAAAUCUGACCUUUGGGCUGCUUUUGUUUUUCGUCUCGGUAUAAUAGUGACAUAGCUCAGCUGGGUGACUGCAGAGUGACAUAGCUCAGCUGGGGGACUGCAGAGUGACAUAGCUCAGCUGGGGGACUGCAGAGUGACAUAGCUCAGCUGGGGGACUGCAGAGUGACAUAGCUCAGCUGGGGGACUGCAGAAUGACAUAGCUCAGCUGGGGGACUGCAGAGUGACAUAGCUCAGCUGGGGGACUGCAGAGUGACAUAGCUCAGCUGGGGGACUGCAGAGUGACAUAGCUCAGCUGGGGGACUGCAGAGUGACUGCGCAGCUUAGCUGGGGGACUGCAGAGUGACUGCGCAGCUCAGCUGGGGGACUGCUGAAAAACAUGCUUCGACUGCAUCCAGCUACUUGAACUGGCAGAUGCUUUAAUCUCACAUCUCUUAUAAAUCAUGUAAAUUUGGUGCAAAUGUUCCCCUCCAUAGCGGCUUCUAGUACAGUAAGUGUCAAUGUUAAGCAUUGACAAGAGGCAGUUCAAAAAUGAAGCAGAAGAGUGAAUAAGGGAUUACAAUCAUUUUAGUUGAUUGAGAAUGAUCAAAGAGUGAUGGGUUUACACAAAUACUGCUGGAGGCAGACAGUUGGCAUUGCCUGCCUCGCUUAUACUGUUCCCCAAAACCACAACAGAAGCCUUAGAUGGCACAUCCAGCCAGUUCAGUCAACUGGGAAUGCAAGAAAAUGAUGACUUUAUGCAUUUCACUUCACAUCAAAAUAGAAUUUCAUUUAUUCUGUUACACUGGUUUCAGGAACACGAGUGCAUCUGUUACAAAAUAAAUUGGUCCCAUACCCCUGUG